GCGCUGAUGACGUUGUUAUCCGGCUCAGUUUAUAGUUUAUAGGACGGAGAUAAUGGAUUGAAGUGGUUGCCGAACGAGGCUAGCGAGGUUUUGGUUGGCGGGUUUAGGGUUUAGUACUCAGAUGCACAACAACUUCUGUUAUUGGCACAGCAAUGGAAGAGAUUGCGCUAGAAAAAGAACACGGAGGAGAAUCGGAGUCCUCUUGUCUUACAGCAAGACAAUUGCAAGAAGCAGUUGACGCUCAUCCUGAUGAUCCCUCAUCCCAUUUCAAACUCGGGAUUUUCAUGUGGGAAAAUGGAGCAAGCCACGAUAAGGCGGCUGCUGCCGAUCAUUUUCUGAAAUCAGCGAAAUUAGACCCUGGGAAUGCUGCCGCUUUCAAGUAUCUAGGGGAUUAUUACGCCACAUCUUCUGUCGAUAUCCAAAGGGCUCUCAAGUGCUACCAAAGAGCUGUCAGUCUCGACGUCGACGAUUUCCACUCUGGAGAAGCAUUGUGCGAUCUGUUGCAUCACGAAGGAAAGGAGAGUAUAGAGGUUGCCGUAUGCAAAGAGGCUUCCUCUAAGUCACCCAAGGCCUUCUGGGCUUUCCGGAGGUUGGGAUAUUUGCAGGUUUAUCAAAAUAAAUGGACUGAAGCUGUCUCAAGUCUUCAGCAUGCCAUUCGAGGAUAUCCUCAUUGUGCUGAUUUGUGGGAAGCCCUGGGUCUUGCAUAUCAGCGACUUGGCAGGUUUACUGCUGCAAUUAAGUCUUAUGCACGGGCUAUUGAAAUUGAAGGAGAUAGAAUUCUCGCUUGGAUUGAGAGUGGAAACAUCUUCUUGAUGCUUGGUUUGUUCAAAAAAGGAGUUGAACACUUUCAGCAAGCUCUAGAGAUAUCACCUAAAAGUAUUACUGCACAAUUUGGGCUCUCUUCAGGGCUUCUUGGUUGGGCGAAGGAAUACAUUAAUAGGGGGGCAUUUAAAUGGGCAUCCUUUCUAUUAGAGGAAGCAUCUAAAGUUGCAAGAGGAAGUACUCAUUUAGCUGGAAACUCAUCAUGUAUCUGGAAGUUGCUUGGAGAUAUUCAGCACACGUAUGCAAAAUGUUAUCCAUGGAUGGAGGACAACUGGGGACAAUGCUCAGAAUCCUUUAGAACUUCUAUCCUUUCCUGGAAGCAGACUCGCAUGUUGGCUUUAUUUUCUGCCAAAAGUUCCUAUCAGCAAGCUCUGCACUUGGCUCCGUGGGAAGCUAACAUUUACACAGAUAUUGCUAUUACUUUAGAUAAUAUUUCAUCUUUCAAUGAUAAUUCUGGACCUGGAUUCAAUUCCUGGCAGAUAUCUGAAAAGAUGACACUAGGGGCCUUGAUGCUCGAGGGUGACAAUCAUGAAUUCUGGGUGGCAAUGGGAUGCAUCUCUAACCAUGCUGCGUUGAAGCAACAUGCUUUUAUAAGGGCAUUGCAGUUAGAUGGAUCUUUAGCUGGAGCAUGGGCUUAUCUUGGGAAGCUAUACUGGAAUAGGUGCGAGAAGCAAUUGGCGAGACAGGCUUUUGAUUAUGCCAGAAGUAUAGAUCCUUCUCUAGCAUUACCCUGGGCGGGCAUGUCAGCUGAUUUGAACGUUAGGGAGUCCACAUCAGAUGAAGCAUUUGAGAGCUGUUUGAGAGCUGCACAAAUACUACCCGUGGCGGAAUUCCAAAUUGGUCUUGCCAAGCUUUCUCUGCAGGCAGGCCAUCUUUCAUCUCCACAGGUGUUUGGAGCUAUACGUCAAGCUGUUCAACUGGCACCUUGUUACCCCGAAUCCUAUAAUCUAAAUGGAUUAGCUUUUGAGGCACAAUUAGAUUAUCAAUCUGCUGUUGCUGCUUAUCGUUUGGCACACCUCACAAUUAGCCACUUUUCAGAUAGAGUUCCAAGGUCUCAUGUCAGAGAUAUAUCGAUCAACUUAGCGAGAUCACUCUGCAUGGUAGGAAAUUUCUUUGAAGCUUUGCAGGAAUGUGAAAAUUUGAGUACAGAAGGCAUGCUCGACAUUGAAGGUUUGCAGGUUUAUGCUUUCUCUCUAUGGAAACUAGGAAAGAACGACCAGGCCCUUAGUGCUGUGAGAACACUUGCUUCUGGCAUCUCUACCAUGGAAAGCACACGUACUGCUGCAUCUAUUGAUUUCAUAUGCAGAUUGUUGUGUUCAAUAUCUGGAUUGGACUCUGCAAUUAACAGUAUUACGAAGAUGCCGACCAAUUUUUUCCAGAGUUCAAAAUUGAGUUUUGUAGUGGCUGCUGUUCAUGCCCUUGAUCAGGGUGAUCGGCUUGAGGCCAUUGUCUUAAGCAGCCGUUCCUGCCUCCAAUCUCAUGAAGAAAUUACUAGAAUGCACAGUUUGAUUGCUCUUUCUAAGCUGAUCAAAUAUCGAACAAAUAACUGCCUUGGAUUCCUCAAUGGAGUGAUGCAUCUUCGAAAAGCACUUCAUGCAUACCCCAGCAGUAGUUCGAUCAGGAACUUGCUUGGUUAUCUUUUGUUGUCCAACGAAGAAAGGGAUGACAAUCACACAGCUACUAGGUGCUGCAACAUGUUGUAUGGUUUGGACCAACAGAACAAAGGUCUGAAAUCUGCGUAUGAAAUUCAUGGUGCUGGAGCUGUGGCCUGCUAUACAAUUGGCACGAGUCAUCCGAGGUUUUCGUUCCCAACAUGUUCAUAUCAGUGCCGGAACGGGAUUGGGACCAUCCGGCAACUUCAAAAAUGCUUACGUCAAGAGCCAUGGAAUUAUGAUGCUCGAUAUCUUCUUAUACUAAACAUUCUGCAAAAGGCACGUGAAGAAAGAUUUCCCUGUCAUCUGUGUGUGACUAUUGGGCGACUAAUCUUGGUUGCCUUUUUUGAUGAGGCAUAUUUUACGAAAGAUGUGUCUCAUCAAUAUAAGAAGUUUCAGCUUCUACUUUGUGCCUCUGAGAUCAGUUUGCAAGGUGGUGACCAAAUUAAAUGCAUCAACUAUGCCAAAGCUGCUUCCUCUAUGUCACUUCCUGAAAUUUAUCUUUUUUAUGCGCACUUGUUACUGUGCCGAGCCUAUGCUGCAGAAAAUGAUUCUAACAACCUCCGUAAAGAGUUCAUGAAAUGUUUGAAUUUGAAGACAGAUAACUAUCUUGGAUGUGUAUGUCUUAAAUUCAUUGCAUCUCGAUACGAGCUUCACGAUGAAUCCAACAUCUUAGAACUUAGUUUGAAAAAAUGGUCGGCAGAGAGCAAGAAUCUGCAACACAUGGUAAUACCCAUGUUUGUCGAUGGUUUGAUAUCUUUUAGGAGUCAGGAUUUUAUGGCUGCAGAGAAGUAUUUUGCACAAGCUUGUUUUUCUGGACAUGAUGGCUGUCUCUUCCUCUGUCAUGGUGUAACCUGCAUGGAACUUGCGAAGAAGCUUUGCAGUCCUCAUUUUUUGAGGCUGGCUGUGAACAGUCUCCUUAAAGCUCAAGUGAUUUCUGUUCCAAUACCAAUUGUCUCGAUCAUGCUGGCACAAGCAGAAGGGAGUCUUGGUUUGAAGGAAAAUUGGGAGUCAGGCCUUCGUUUGGAAUGGUUCUCGUGGCCACCAGAUACGAGGUCUGCGGAGAUCUUGUUUCAAAUGCAUCUGCUUGCAAAACAGUCAAAAGUUGAUUCUGAUCAAUUGAGGGUUGAAUUAUGUCAGUCUCCUCUGAGAUGGGUUCUUCGUGCUAUCCAUGUAAACCCUUCUUGUGUGAGAUAUUGGAAUGUGCUCCAAAGCUUGUGGAAUGAGGGAUGAAUUUUCCAGAUCGGGCUAGACAAAACGGACAGUGGAACUUUUGAUCCAGUAGGAAUUCUCUACGCAAUCACCCUGAUUCAUUCUCUAAGUUCCUAUGGUCGAUUAUAGUUUCAGCUUGUUUUCUCCUGCAUUCUAAGCAGCAGCAUUUGGGUCUUCGUUCGUAUCUGUUCAAGUUUCCCCGUUUGAUCUGUUGUAUUCAUUUUUAACUUCAAUAUUUGUUAAACUGUAGGGGAUUAAGUGUUUAUUCUGUGGAAAAAAAUGUCCAUUGUAUACAAGUUAUAAACUUGGAGCUGGAAUUUAGUACAAAACUAUAAAAGGUUAAGUGUAAAAAAAAGCCUUAUGAUAACCUAAUGGAUCAACCGAGGAUGUUAGUACAA